UGAUAAUUGUGGAUACGAAAUAACGCCAAAGUAACGCGUACAAAUAGCACUCUAUUUAAAAAAAAAAAAAAAAAAGAAAUCGUUGUCAAUUAUGGAGAUUGAUGAUGAGUGCUCAGCUGGUGGUGACUCAAAUGCUGAAGAAGAAGAGGAUGAAGAAUCUUAUCACGGAUCUAGGAGUAACACAUGUACCAGUAGUUCAAGUGGCAGUAGUUCGACAUCCGAUAACACUGAUGACAGUGCUGAUGACCACAAUACCACUGGCUCAGAGACACAUAGCUCUGGGGAUGAAGAUGAUGAGGAUGAGGAGAACGAUGACGAGGACGAAGAUGAUGACGACCAAGACUCCCAGCAGAUACCAGAUGAAAGUGUCGACGAAGUUAGAUGGGAAACCUGCGUGGCUGCUGGAAGUAAAAUAAAACUACCUCAAGAUCUUUGCGAGCAUUCAUCUAUUUUUUAUGAAUUGCUCGAGUACCCGAAUAUUUGGCAAGAUUGUUUGAGUCAAGAACAACGUGAAUCUUUGAGCCGGUAUCUGCCAAAUUUUCCUACAGAUUGCGAUGUUGCUGCUGAGCAGGAAAAAACAUUGAAAAUGUUAUUUCAGAGGGAAAUUCACAGGUUUGGAGUAUCGCCACUUGAAUCAUUUCAUACUCAUCUUUCAUCAGGCCAUUUUAGACCUGACAUAAGAAGAAUGAGACGUUUGGUUCGUAAAGCUCAAAAAAGAAGAUUACUAUUCGAAGAACGUAAACGAACGUAUGAAUUAGCAAACCAAUUGUUUAAAUCGCGAGAAAAUUUGUUACUCAACGCUUACAAACAGGGCUUUAGUCAACCAACGGCUCACCGUAUGUCUAAAUUACAUUGGCGUAAGCCUACGCCAGCUAUUUUGGAAGAAAAAACUCAAAUGCGUUACGUUGAGGAAUUGAACGCCGUAAAAGCAGAGCUUGGUAUCGCGCGAUUCGCUGACACGACGUCAGAGAAUGAAGAGAACUACCACCAGUUUCAGAUACCGAACACCAAACAAAAGAAGAAGCGAAAGAGUCCCGGUAUUCAAGCAACUCAAAUGCGUACUAACCAUCUAAAUACCGACGACGAAGAAAUUCGACCAGUGUUUUCGACCCUCCAGCGCGAAGAAUUCACUCCGAAUCCUUCGUUUUUGGUGCGUGAAAUGAAUGAAGAUUUGUACCGGACCAUGCUAAUUGCUCAUAAGCGGCGAAGAGCGCGGCAAGACAUUCAUCCGGAGCUAAAUACCCAAGGUAUUGUGCUGGCUGAGUUGACUCAACGCGCUCAAGUCGGACAGAAACAUAAGUUAACGUUUAGCAAUCCGGUGCGUAUUAAUUCGUCCAAGAAACGGGUAAAAGUUGAGCCUAGUUUGUGUCCACCUGUGAUACCUAAUAAAUUAAUUCCAACUAGUUCAGCUGUUAAAACUGAACUUGAUAGCAAUAAUUAUAAUUACAACAAUGCAAUCGAGGACAAUAAUCACGUGUUUAAUAAAGAAAUCGAGCCAAAAGUAUGUCAAGAAACAUUACGUUCAACUAAUAUUAUCCCUGUAAAAAUAGAGCCUACAGAUUCCUUUGAUAUUAGUCCGACGCUAGCUAAGAAAAAAAUAAAUGUUAUUACACCCAAGUACAAUAAACCAGUUGUCGUAGCCCCGGCACCGGUACCAAUGCCAGAACCGUUACCGCAGCUUCCAGAAAUAAAGAAAGAGCUCGAAGAGCUUGACUACAUGAGAACGGAAGUUAAAUCAGAGUUUAUUAUUCCGGAUGAAAUAAGCGCUGCAAGUGAAGAAGAAGAAGAUCUUAACAGCAAAAAAGAACUUGAUCUGGAGAAUAUUGACAUGAUGCAAAUACCAAUACAGCUUGACGACGGCAUUGAUAUUCUCGAUGAUGUACAAGUACAGUGUGAAGACAAUCGUGUUAUAGGUAUGCCUGACAAAAACAUAUCGAUAACCGCCGAAGAAGAUGAUAUCAGAAUAAACGGCAGCGGUGAUUUGAUGCAAGAAACUCAUACCUGUUUCUUCUCACUACUAAGAGACGCAUUUGUUUCCAAAGGUGAGUUCCGCAUGAACACCGCCGAAGUUAAAGAUGCUGUUUCGCUGUGGCAAAAUAACCCAAUAUCACCUUUGAAUGACUGGUACUCCCUGUCAAACUCUUGGUCGGCAUUGGUACCAUCAGCACUGGGGUUCCUCGCGGGAGAACUGGUUUGCAUUCAAGAAGCAGAUCAACAAGACUCGGAAUUCGUUCCCUACUUGGAGAACAAAGGACGAGGGAUUUACGCGUGGAUCGGUGCCGGUAGAGACUCGGAUUCUCGACUGGCGGUUCUUUGUAAUCAAUUUUUGAUGUACCGAAAUGUUCUCAGCACUCCUAAGUUACCAUCAUUUACAGAAAGUACUCCCGUUAUCGUUCCUAUAAAAACUACAGCAGCACCAGUGAUGUACGGGAACGGAAGCAGCAAUGGCAGUGGUACGAAUAACGUUCGUAGUGGAAGCCCAGCUGUCGAGUCAAUUGGCGACGCAGCAGCAGCUAUGACGGAAUCGGAGCCACCUCGUGCUUUAUGUCCCACUGACUGGAAAGUACGUUUAUCAACACCGGAGGAGCGUGAAGAAUUCCAGCGGCAAGAGAGGUUACGAUACGCCUCACCUCAUAAAGCAUUUACUUACAAAAUGCACGGGUAUGAAUCGGUGGUGGGUCCUGUUAAGGGAAUCUACCAUCAUAACAUCGGCGCGGGUCUCACUAAACCGCGAGGUCACUCCUUGCUUGUCGCGGAUCGACCAAACUUUGUUACCAUUUUGGCGUUGGUGAGAGACGCGACUGCUCGACUUCCCAACGGUGAAGGAACUCGAGCUGAUAUUUGUAUGCUUCUCAAGGACUCGCAAUAUAUUAAGGAGUACAGUCCUAAUGACGGUGAGAAGUGUAAUGAAAAAGAUAAUUAUCUUAAUUCUGUAGUCUCCGGUGCGCUCGAUCGGCUUCACUAUGAAACAGAUCCUUGUGUAAGGUACUACCCUAGACGUAAAGAGUGGUUGUAUCUCCAUCGAGCGCGUUCCGAGUCUGAAUUCGAAAUGUAUCACCAGCAGCUCCAGGGAGUGACGAAAACCAAGAAGAAUCCUGGGGGAAAUUCGCGCAAUAAGACUGUGCAGUUAAAUCAUAAGCUGAUGAACGGAAAAGAGCAGAUCCCGAAUGCUCUAAAAGAGUCGACACCGAAGAAAGAGAAGAAAAUAGGGUUGCAGACGCAAUUGAUUAUCAAGAAAGAGCCGAGAGUUCCAGAGGAUAAAAUUAGAAUAGACCAGUCGGUUUCUACUGAGACACCUGUUACGAGUACAAUGUCUACUGUGAUUUCCACCGUGGCUCCUGUGACAUCCAGUGUUCCUCCUGUUGUAUUUUCUACGCCUGCAGCAGUUUCGAGUUCGACAAUUGCACGAGAUUCUGCUGCUGCUGCUGCUGCUGUUGAGAUGAAGCCGCAGAUAUCGUCGGCGAUCCCUACGGUUAAAAAAAUGGGGUCUAUUAGUGGAAAACCGGUGACUGUUGUGAAGACAGCUGGUACCCAGAGUUUAUUGCAGUCGAAUCAACAUUUCCCGCACCACCAAAUUCAGGUGUCGACUUCGGCGGGUGUACAGACAAUCAGGUUGUCCGGACCUUCGGUACUGCAGUCGGCCCAAGCUGUGUCGGCGAUAACGUCCAACGCGGGAACAUCUACGCCAAAUGUCACAGCUAUAUUUCCUACAGCUAAAAUUCAUAAUCAAGUUCAGCCAACUGUUUUAACGAAUCAAACGGGUAAAAGUAUUCUUCAGAAUACUAAUAUUAAACAGCAACAACAACAACAACAACAACAACAACAACAACAACAACAACAACAACAACAACAACAACAACAACAACAACAACAACAGCAGCAGCAGCAGCAACAACAACAACCACCACAGCAACAGCAACAUGUAUUACCGGGAAAAACUCUGCUGGCUUCGCAAAUAAAACUAGUAAGCUCUGGACAAAUAAAAUCAUUGUUGACGGGUCAUGGUCUUCAAGGGCCUACAAUAUUUAUUAAACAGUCAUCACCGUCAGCUACCCAUGCCCAGCAAAUUCAACAAUUGAAGCAACAGCAACAAAGACAACUGAAUCAGCAGCUGCAACAGCGAUUAGUAAUAAGCCAGCAACAACAGCAACAAAUCCAGCAGCAGCAACAACAGCAGCAAGUCCAACAACAGCAACAGCACGUGCAGUUACAUCAGCACCAACAACCCCAGCAGCAAUCGCAGCCUCAGCAAGCGACGAUACAAACUCCGGGAAUGCAGCGAAUAAUCGCUCAAAUCGGCGGGAAACCAAUUGCUGUACAGAUUCAGCAAUCCCCUCAUCAUCAACAGCAGCAGCAGCAACAGAAAAUUCUUGCCAAAGUAUUGAGCAGCGGAAGUGGGCAACUUAUCUCAGUCGAAAGUUUGCUCGCUCAAAAGGGUCUCAAGCUAGCAACGACAACUUCUCCCACACAAGUCAAUCGUCAGGGCAAACCAGUGAUUCAGACACAAUACCAGUUGGUAUCGCAAGCACAGGGGUCUCCGGGACAAACCAAAAUAGUUGUCAGUUCACAGCAAUCGCAAACACCAGGCGCCCAAACGGUACGAAUGGUUGCGGCUCAAUUAGCUGGAAAACCAAUAGUUCUGGCUAGUGCCAAUAAAGGCGUUGUCACAGGAAUCACUGGAGGUAAUAGCGUCGUCCUCGGUAAACAAUCGCCACAACAACAGCAAGCAGGACAACAACAGCCAAUAAUUUUGCCAAGUCAUAUGUUAAAAGCUCUACAAGGGUUGAAGGUCAUACCAACACCAGCUGGUCUGAAAACUACUGGCACUGCUGUCUAUGCUCGUGUUCUUGCUUCAACGUCUAUUUCAGGUACUCAAACCACUCCGCAACAGCAGCACCUUCAGCAACAACAAUUUCAACAACAACAACAGCAACAACAGCAACAACAACAGCAACAACAACAACAACAACAGCAGCAGCAGCAGCAACAGCAACAACAGCAACAACAAAUAAUUCAGACGUCGCAGACGACAAGAAAUAAUCCGUACAGCGCACCGUGAUGAAAAUAAUUACUAAUUUUUGUUUAUAAAUAAUUGUACAUAUAGUAGAAUAGUCGGUGUUCUGAUAGUGUAAAGCUCAGUGGGCUUAAACAUCUUUUUGCUACCAGUUAAAAUAAUGAAUGUAUUAUUACGGUGAACAAUUCGUUAAAAACCAAAAAAAACAAUUGAUAUAAUAGUGGGUGUGAUAGAUUUUAAAUAUCAAGAUUAAAGUGUUUAAAAUUU